AGUGUGUGUCAUGGGUGAGAGUGGGACGUCGGCAGCAUGGCGGUGAAGGUGACGGCGUUAGUGGCAGUGACAGUGGUGGUGGUGGCGGCCGUGAGCCCAGCCCUAGGCGUGCAGGUGGAGGGACAGGUGUUCGGGGCCAAAAUAAGACCUAACAGUGGCGCAGGGGAGGCCAUAGCACAGAAGAGGUCACUGGAACUCGAGGAACCGGGUCAAAGUUCACAUUCGAGAUGGAGUGACGCGAGGGAUGAUUUCAAGGUCACAGAGGAGGAAAUAGACGAUAGAGGAGGAGAAAAGGUGGUCAGGGAUGAUUUAACGACAGAAGCAGCUGCACGAGAUGAUUCAGCGGUAGAGAGGGAGGUGAGGAGGCGCGAAAGAGCAAGACUAGUACGGUCUCGGGUAGACAGGAUGAGAUAUUCGUCUGUGCGAGGCAUCAGGCAGAGAGAACAACACCCCGAGCGAGAGCAGGAACCGUCAUCACCGUCACCUAAUCAAGAGGAGGCCAAUAUCACACGCGUUUCUUCACACCUCCGAAAAAAACUCACCGCAGACCCGCCACAUUUAGAAAGAGAGAGUCCAGGCACCCGCGCCGCCGCUCACAAGUCAAUUACCGGUGGGGAAAAAACCGAUGAAGUCCGAACAGAAUCUUGGGAACACGCGGGCAGUUUGGGAAUUCGAGCCGGAUCGCACACCAAGUUCCCAACCACUGUUUCUCACCGCCAAAGAGACAACCACGGUGAUAUUUACGACUCCCAGAGCAGAGAAAUGACUCACGGUGACUUACCUCCUCGUCACACUCCCCUCGAUCACCAGUCAGCGCCAAAGAGCCGUGAAAAGCCAAAGAGAAAUGGUGUUGUUCCGGGCGGUCCAGCGGAGAGCAAUACGGCGCAUGGCUUGGCGGUUGAUGGCGUGACGAUUUCAGAGCCUGUGUUUUCAGCGCCUCUCACGACCCCAGGAGCAGCCGUGCGUGGCUCUAUUGCGGUGGCUGGGCGAGGCGAGACACCCACGCCCCCCACAGCCCCCACGCCCAAGGAGAAAGUCACUGGAAACACGGAAAUACACAUUGACUCCAGCGUCUUCCACACCACCCCUACCGCCCCCAGUCUUAGCUCACACCGGGUUAAUGCGGCUAAUAGCUACCUGGGGACGCCUGCGGGGCUUACCUUCCCUCCUGCAGCUACGGAUGAAGGAAAGGGAAAGUUGUACAAGCCCUUCACUCUCCCGUUUGCCCCGACACACCAGACUUGGCCGGUAAAUAAGGGGACAGAGAAUGGAGUCACUGAGGUAGCGUCGAACACGGACCAUGACGCGACCACGAGAGGAAACGGCAUUGCGGAGACACAAGUAGACCAUGACGAGACGCAUUACUAUUGGGAGUACUUGCAUGACAGACAGGGGAGCACAGGGAGUGGGAGGGAGUUCAAGACCUACUCCCCGGAAGAUAGUGACUCCCUCCUCCUGCCUCAUCGUAUCCUGGCCUCGACGCAGGAUAUUAUUGAACAGGCGUCUGGUGCUGAGAAAAGGGAGGUGGAAGAGGAGGAAGCACCAAGCAACCGACAAGCAGUGGAAGGGAGCGAGACUUUUGACUCCACCCCGGGUUCGUCCUUUUCCUACGUGAGCUUCAAAAGGUUCCCCAACAAGUUCCCGAAGGACGCAGGUGUGGCGAGGGAAGAAGGUUCAGGGGAGGAUACAGGAAGGGAGUGGCAGCGAGGGAGGGAAGCCAGCACCCCUACUCUCCCCUCCCACGCCUCCCCCUUCUCACGAACGACCCAAGCACCUCUACGGACGACCACGGACAAGCAGGAGAGGAAACAAAUAGCCAGGACGACUUUUCCACCCUUAACGACCCCAGCAAGUUUUAGACCGACAACGGACAGCCAGGAGAGGGAGCAAGGACCGCGGACGACUAUUACACCUCUACGGACGACCCAAGCGCUUUCACGGACCCCCACACGUACGCAGAUCAAAGUACCGCUAUCGACACUAAGAACGACCACGAGAACGACCCCGAAGACGACUCCGAGGACGACUUUAAGGACGACUUCGAGGACGACUUCGAGGACCACUUCAAAAACGACUCCGAGAUCGAGGCUUCAAAGUCGUCAGCGUGAGGACUCGAGCGAGGACGUGAAAAGGGACGAAAAAACACGACUUCGACCUGUACGACUUGACGACUCCGGGGAAACCAAGGAGGAAGGAAGAAGAAGAAUAGGAGGAGGAGAAGGAGAGAAGAAAGAGGGAGACAUCUUAUUUCCCUCCUUCGACCAGUACCUCCAGCAACACGGUAUUUCAGGGUCACGCUCCGGAGGUCAAGGUCAUAAGAAGGAAGAGGAGGAAGAAGGCAGAAGAAGAGGAGGGCCAGAAGAAGGCAUCGAACACCAUCAAAACCAUGAGAUCCUAAAACAAGGUCACACAGGGGGUUCGGAUCUCCCUAAUCACUUCAGCCACAGACAGGUGAAGCCAGGUAACAAUGCCCACCUGAGACCCAACGUCCCGACCAAUAACAGGCUCAGUACACGCCAACCGACCAAUCAGGGACCACCACGAGAAUUUUCAGCUAAUCAAGGCCCACCAACAGAAUUUUCAGCCAUUAAUUCACCGCCACGAGAAUUUAUUGCCAGUCAACGCUUACCAUCAGAAUUUUCAGACAAUCAACGCCCAGCAAACCAAUUUUCAGCCAAUCAUGAACCACCAAGGGAAUUUUCAAACAAUGGAGGCCCACCGCCCGAGUUUUUCGCUGAUAACAAUCCCCCACACGAAUUUUCACCCAAUCAACGCCCACCACGGGAAUUUUCAGCCAAUGGGAGCCCACCACCUGAAUUUUUCUCCAAUAACAACCCCCCACACGAAUUUUCAGCCAAUCGCAAGCCACCACAAGAAUUUUCAGCCAAUGACGGCCCACCACAUGACUUCUCACCCAAUACUCUUCCUCCUAGUCACUUCUCCCGCCACCAGGAGCCGCCACGACAAUUCCCGAGCCAAGAACGACCACCUUUAGGGCACGAACGACCCCUUCCGUCUUUUGGUAGUCACGAACGUCCCCCUCGACAGCCACGACCUCCACAUCCGUCUUCAGGGAGUCACGAACGCCCGGAUCAAGAACGACCAACACGACCUUUUACGAGGCAGGAACGACCACCAUCUCAUCUGAACAGCCAAGAUCGACCUCCACUUCACUUCAGUAACCCGGAACGACCCCCUCCUCCUCAUUUCGGUACUAUUGAACGACCUAACCUUCAUUUCGACAGACCUGAACGUCCCCCACCUCGUUUUAAUACUCAAGAACGACCUCCUCCUCAGUUUGACAACCUAGAACGGCCUCCACACUUUAAUAGCCUUGAACGACCAUCACCUCCACGUUUUACAAAUCCACUACGACCCCCACACGACUUCCAGAACAACCAGAUCAAAGAGUCGUCGUUCAGGGACUCCAACGGACGACCACAGUUCACCAACGACCACAAUCAGAAGCGGCACGUGGCCCAGAGUGGUGCUACAGCCAACGACCACCAGCAGGAACACGACCAUCGCUUCCACCCGAGUCCCAAACCGUCUGAUGUGAUAAGUGGAGACCAGAUUCCGCCUACGACUCCUCUACCUCCUCCUCCACCUCCUCCUCCUCGUCCCACUCCAGCGUCGUUCUUCCCUCCUCUUCCUCCGCAUCCUUUCUUCCCCCAUUCGUCCUCACAUCCUCGUCAGAAGUCCCCCAAACGACCUAACCCGUCAUCCUCGUCCUCCUUCACGCCAUUUAGUGAUUUUCUCUCCUUCAGGCCUCCAACACCCAUACACGGCCCCUCCAAGCCUCAGUUUAGCCCCCAGAAGCCCCCAGUUCCAUCCUUCAGAAGCCCCCGUCAACACAACCCUCAGUCCCCAGCCCCCGCAGCCCCUCCAGCCCCUCAUGAUCCUCUUACAGCAGGAUCCAACACCUUAGACGGUCCCGGAUCCUCCUACAGCGUGGUGCGACUCGAACCGGAGGUCGUGCUUAACAUCAACCCUCCGCCACACCACUUCAAAGCCGUGCAAGGCCAACCCAAGCCCGUACGACGACCCCAGGGAAGCAGGAACCAGCAGGGGAAAAGGCCCAAGGAAAGCAGGCAGAAUGGGGGGAGUGUGAGAGAUGUUGUUCAGCAGGGUAGACCACAGGGGAAUAGGGCUCAGGGGUCACGUCGCCCAUCCCAGGGGUCACAACGGCCAAGGCUCCCGCGGUUCACCAUCCCUGGGGGGCCUGAUUUUAGUGCCACAUCCCUUUCUCUUGGUACUCUAAGGGGAGCCACGGACCACCCCCAAGGACAUUCCCCCCAGUUUGUACGUUCCCGCCCCCCUCCACUCCAGGGUGUAAGGGUGGAGCCACAGGGGAAGGAAGCACCCCUAGGCCACACGUUCUCCUCACCAUCCCCAUCAUCACACUUCCACCCACCACCACCACUAUCACCACCCCAGCACCACCCAAACACCAUACAAUCCACUAACCCCAUCAUCAGCUCCCCCAGUAAGCCCAUCCCCCUCACCGUCCCUGAACCCCAUGAUAGCGAGGUUCAGAAGGGAUUCAAGCCUACGGAGGAGAUUUCGCAACCACUUCCCGGGGGUUUGAAGGUUCGGGUAUCGGAGAGUCACGCGCGGCUGAUGAGGAAUAUGGAGUAUGGUGUCUUGGGCGAGCCUCUGGAUGUCUGGAUACCUAUCGUUAGCAGGAGGACAGGUGAGUUGGGAGGCUGAGCACCUUAUCUCCCCGUACCUCAGAGCCGCCACGCACCUGAGCAGACACAAGACAAGGGAGAGAAGACGAAAGAAGAGACAUAAGAAGAUAACGAAAAGGGUAAAGGAGGGAUAAGGAAGAGAAAGGACGAGAUUUAGAAACAGAAAGAAUGGAGUAGGAAAAAGAAUAGAAGAACAGAAGCUUGAGACGAAUGGAAGAGAAGAGAGAGAAGGAAGACGAGAAAAAAAGGUAAUGUAAGGAGUAAAGGAGAGAUAAAGACGAGAAAGAGGAUACAGAGAAAGAAAAGAAAGAGUAGGGAAAGGAACGGACGGACGGACGGAAAAGAAACGAGAGAAGGAAAACGAGGAAAAUAAAUAUAAUAAAACAGUAGAAAGAGUAAAGAGUGGAUAAAGACGGUGUAGAAAAAAAUAAGGAGUAGUAAAAAGAAAAGGAAGAACAGAAGCUUGAGAUAGAUGGAAAAGAGAGAAGAAAUAUAUGAAAAUAAUGGAAAAAGUAAAGAUUGACAAGGACGAUGAAGAGGGUAGGAAUAAUAAAAAGAGAAGAGGAACUUGAGAAAAAGACUUAGGACAAAAUUAUGAAAGUUAUAAAGAAAAUAAGAGCUGAUUGAUUGGUUCUUUUUUUGGUUCGCAGUGGCUUCAGACUUCUAAACAUAUAUAUAUAUAUAUAUUUUUAAUAUUAUGAAUGGAUGAAGUUUUAUAUAUGCCGCGCUACACUCGUAUAUAUAAGGUUUGUUAAUUGUUUUCAUGUUUAUUUUGUUAUGUUGUGUAUGAUAGUUAUUUUUUUCGUUAAUGUUUUCAAAGCUAUUUUUAUAUGUGAUAGUUAUAUUGUUAUUGUUAAGUUUAUGAAUAAAUAUAUA